AUGUCUUGCUCGGGAGGUAAGGCCUGGUAUGUCUGCUCCAAGGGUCCGUUCCAGGGGUGUUGUUCGACCGAUCCAUGUAACACGGGAAUUUGCCCGGAUGACAUCAACAACAGCACCGACAAAUCCAAGCCCACACCAGCUAUCUCAGCGCCUCCCUCCCCAGCGGCUCCCUCAGGUCUAUCGACUGCUUUUACCACCUCGAUCACAUCAACGACAGCAACAUCUCAUUCGGCCUCGACUACGACUGAGACUGCGACUGCGGUUACAGAAUCGAUCUCGAUCUCGACCUCGACUUCAAUUUUGGCAUCGACCCCAUUGUCCCCGAAUAGCCUAUCGGCCAAGGACUCUCCGUCGACAACCCAGACACGCACAGAGCUGCCUACAGUCCUAUCCAAUAGCAGCCAUACCGGCAGCAGUGGAGACAAACCCAACGCAGGACUAAUCGCUGGCAUUGUGGCAGGCAUAGCAGCAAUGUUGGUUCUUCUAGGCCUAUCGUUGUGCCUGAUCCGCCGUUCACGCAAGAAGCGUCGCAGAAGGUUCACUCUUCUUCGCUGGCGUGGACCUAUGCACGAAUGCAACGAGAAUGCCCCAUCACCUACACACAGUGUCUUGCGCAAUCUUUUGACAUCAACAAAUGGUCCUUCCUAUAAUUCUUACAGUUCCCCAUCUCAACCCCGGGCAGCUGCAUCUCGUAAUAGUCCUAUAGUAGGACCAGCAACGGAGUCUCUGGUCUCGCUGGCCUCCCGCACAAACAGCCAUUCGAUCACCAGUAACCCUGGCAUCAUACUGACCCAUCCAUCCUCGACAACCCUCUCAACCCCUUCAAGCACACUCCUCGCCACCUCUGCCGCAGCCGCAUUAACGACAUCCCCCAAAACAAGCACCAGAAGCACCAGCACACGAACAACCCAUUCCAAACACCAACUAGAACCUAUCCCAGAACUCUCUGACACGGGAUUCUAUCGCCAACGCGCCGAGUUAGCAGCCCAUUCCGCCCGCGAACUGAUCAAUGUACCUCUCAGCCAGCGCCCGCGUCCUCACCACUACUGUCCGUCACCGCGCCAAUCCCAGUUCUCAUCGACUUUGUGUCCCAACCUCCGUCCCCCGCCCGCCAUACCAAUCAUCACUGCCGACGGCAUUGUUUUGACGUCCAACCUAGACCAGCCGGUCAAGGAUUCCAGCCCCAGAAGCGCUCCCGGGUCUGACGAGGACCAUGUCAUGAGCUUCAUGCGGUACGAUGCCGCCAAAGACGCGAUGUUACCGGCCUAUCGGGCCAACUGGAGGAGGUCAUCGACAGGGAGUGCUAAUGCCACUGGCAAUGAGAAUGUCAGCGCUUGGGAGGAGAAGGAGAGGAGGGGGCUCAAGAAUUGA